AAAAGAUUCCUCCAUCGUCACUCGACUACUUUGGUCUAGCUAAAAUGGCGGACCUCAUGUAGGGGUCGAGUGUGAUAACCAGAUAUUUUCUAACACUUAUCGGGAGGUUAAUUUCUCCAUUUGAGAGCAUACUUGUAGCCAUGUUCGCAAACAUAGCUUUGCGGACUGUCCUGAAGUCGUCAGCUGGUGUUUUAAGGGAGUGCUCGGCUCUGUCACUGAAACCCUGGACAUGCAGCUCGGCGCUGUUAACAGGACCCAGAGUCAGCGUUGUUGCAGGAAGCUUUGCUGUUACACCUCCAGUCAGACAUUAUGCACGGGGGAUAAAGAAAAGGAAGACAGUCCCUGAGAGCCAGCUGAGUGAUCUCCCUCCAACAAUGCUCAAGAUUGAUUACACAGCUGUACCCCUCGCUCAAACGACUGAUGAUAUCGUCAAAAGACUUAUUUCGUUGGAGUUGGCAAGCCACAGUGAAAAACUACAUAUAAAAAAGGAACAGCUAAUUUCAAAAGUCCAGAAGGAUGAGAACGACCGCAGCUCAGUGGAAGUUAAGGUUGCUAUUUUGACAGCAAGAAUCCGCAACUAUCAGGAGCACUUACAAAAACAUCACAAGGACAAGGCUAACAAGAGGCGAAUGCUAAUGGCCAUUGACAGAAGGAAAAAGCUUUUGAAAAACCUGAGGUUGGUCAACUAUGACUCCUUUGAGAAAGUGUGCGAGCAGCUUGGCAUCACCUACACGUUCCCUCCAGAGUACUACAGACGAGUCACUCGCCGCUGGCUGGCCAAGAAGGCCUUCUGCAUUAAGGUUUUCAAAGAAGUGCAGAAGCAGAGAGCAGAGCAGAGGUUGAAGAUGAAGAAAAGUGUAGCCCCAACAGAAGCAUCGGAGGCAAAGACAACAGCUGCAAAGGCUCAUUAAAAUAAAUAAAAACUGAUCUAAACUUUCACUCACUCAUAUGGAAAAGUAGUUCCCUUUUCAUGUAUUCCCGUCUUGAAAUAUUGUUGUACUUUCAUUUUCAGGUUGAUGUCAGAUUUGAAUGGAAAUAAAAUGUCACAGAAAGUU